GCCACCAACAUCAUAAACCCUAAAAGAAGCAGUUAUCUCUUAACCCAACUUCAUUAUUUUUUCUUUUUUUAAUAGCAAUAUUUUUUCCAAUGAAAAAAGAAAAUCUUGACCAUUCCCUUCCAUCUAAAAUUGAUCAAUAGAUCAAUUCUUCAUUCUCUAAAUAAUGAUCAAAUUUGGUAGAGAAAACAUUUUUAUCACAGUCGUUGAAUAAAGGGUGUGAUGUGGUGCCCACGUGAGACUCAGUAGACUCGCACCAACUCAGCUUUGUUGAGCCCUCGUGCACCACAAAGUGGCUGAAAAUGGUUCUAACCUUACACGUGUCGAGAUAUCAAGGCGUGUAGGGUAAAUAUAGUCUACACCCGCGAGUAGGUGUUCCCUACCCUCGUUCCUUUUCUUUCUUAAUCUGUCUGUUUAUAUAAAUCUCAAACUAAUAAACAGACGCCGUCACUUUGAGAGAGAGAGCUUCCGAAGUUUCGACCUUCAUUUCCAGGGUUCAGGCAGGCUCGGCUCAGCUCAGCUCAGCUCCCCCUCAAAGCCGCCGUCAGUCACCGCCGUAUUCGUAUCACCAUAGCCACUAUUUUCGGUACAAGGUAAUGUUGUUGUGGAAGAGGCACGCUUUCCCGUAAGAGAGAGAGAAUCAGAGUAGUCUUAUUUAUUCUUCUUCUUCUUCUGAUCAAUCAACGGAAUUAGCUGCCGAGUAAAGUAUUUUUCAGAUCAGAGUUUCACGUAGACCUAGGUUUCCGGCGAGUCAAUUACCGAGCUUGAUAAAUAUGGCUUCGGAGGAUGUUAAACAGAGUGAAUCUGCGGUUUCGACGAUCGUCAAUCUGGCUGAGGAGGCCAAGCUUUCGAGAGCUCGUGAGAGUGUGGUAAACGCCCCCAAGCACAACCUUGCGCUUCUCAGUAUAUGCAAGUCUCUUGUUGCUGGUGGAGUUGCUGGAGGAGUGUCACGCACAGCUGUUGCUCCUUUGGAACGCUUGAAAAUCUUACUACAGGUCCAGAAUCCCCAUAGCAUAAAAUACAAUGGAACAAUUCAAGGUUUAAAAUAUAUCUGGAGAACUGAAGGUUUCCGUGGACUAUUUAAAGGAAAUGGUACCAAUUGUGCCCGUAUAGUCCCAAACUCUGCCGUCAAGUUUUUCAGCUACGAACAAGCUUCUAAGGCAAUAUUGCUUAUGUAUCAGCAACAAACUGGCAACGAGGAUGCUCAACUCACACCUCUUUUACGACUUGGGGCUGGAGCAUGUGCUGGAAUUAUUGCCAUGUCCGCAACUUACCCAAUGGACAUGGUACGGGGGAGGAUAACUGUGCAGACAGACAAAUCUCCAUAUCAGUACAGGGGAAUGUUUCAUGCUCUCUCAACUGUACUCAGAGAGGAGGGCGCAAGGGCUUUGUACAAAGGAUGGCUUCCAUCAGUUAUUGGAGUGGUUCCUUAUGUUGGUCUCAACUUUGCUGUUUACGAGUCUCUCAAGGAUUGGCUAAUUACAUCUAAGCCCUUUGGCCUCAUUGAUAAAUCUGACACUGAGUUGAGUGUGACAACAAGGUUGGCAUGUGGAGCUGCUGCUGGAACUGUCGGGCAGACUGUUGCUUACCCACUUGAUGUUAUUCGCCGGAGAAUGCAGAUGGUGGGUUGGAAUAAUGCUGCAUCUGUUGUUGCUGGUGAUGGAAGGAGCAAGGGCUCACUUGAAUACAAAGGGAUGGUUGAUGCCUUUAGGAAAACCGUCCGACAUGAGGGCUUUGGGGCAUUGUACAAGGGAUUGGUCCCAAAUUCUGUCAAGGUAGUCCCGUCGAUUGCAAUUGCAUUUGUUUCGUAUGAGAUGGUGAAGGAAAUAUUAGGAGUGGAGAUCAGAAUAUCUGACUAGAGAAGAAUGAAGUGGGAGGAUAUUCGUGUGUUAUUUUUGUAGGAAAGGGGAUAGAGAGAUGGUAAAACUAGGGGUAAUUUCUUUCUUUCUUUUUCUUUUGUCUUGCCAAGUUAGUAGCUGGUAUUGAGUUUGUUGUUUAUAAAUUGCUGUCCCUUUGUUUUCUGUCUUUGUUUCCUUGUGAACACAUAUAUAUGAGUAGGUUUCAACUCCUCAUUUAAUAUGUAUGCCAAUAAAUGUUUAUGACACUUUCAUAAAAUGCAUUUUUGCAUGCAUUUCCCUCUACAAGAGUUAAAUAGAGGUGAAUUCUCCAUUUGUACUGACUUUAUAUAAAUUUAAGUCUCUUUCCAAA